UAGGUUGUUAGAAAGUUAAUGGCUUGGGGGAAAGAGAAUCUCUUCUCGCUUCAGGAGAGUUUGAGGAUUUUUCUGAAGUAAAACGUGAUAAUUUUGUAACAAUACAACCCCAAAGAAGGCGAAGGGACAACGUUACCUUCACGAAUAAACAUCUUAUUUAGGAAAGUAUGCAGGAUGCUGUAGCCGGGACGGCAAUGCGGACGGACGGCUUCGAGGACGAGAUUGACUCGGUGACUCCGCGCUCCCCUGCGCUGGGGAUGGGGGUUGGAGCCACACCAGGAGCCGGACUCGGAGGCCUCGGCUUAGGCGUCGGUGGCAAAAAGGUCCGGCUAUUUGGCGAGGCUGGCGGGCCCGCUGCAGAUAGACUUGACUUCAAACUCACAGCAGCCGCGGUCCUCUCCUCGGGCCCCGGAUCCGGCAGCGACGAGGAUGAGGUCUCCGAGGUGGAGUCCUUCAUCCUAGACCAGGAGGACCUGGAUAACCCUGUGCUAAAGACCGCGUCAGAGCUGCUUUUGUCCAGCGCGGCAGACGGAGCUGACCUCAGAACAGUAGAUCCAGAAACACAGGCCCGGUUGGAGGCGUUACUAGAAGCAGCAGGCAUUGGUAAACUCUCCACUGCCGAUGGCAAAGCCUUCGCAGAUCCCGAGGUGCUCCGCCGCCUGACGUCAUCAGUGAGCUGUGCGCUAGACGAGGCCGCCGCCGCCCUCACCCGCAUGAGGGCAGAAAACACACUCAACGCCAGCCAGGCAGACAACCGUAGUCUGGCUGAGGCCUGCUCCGAUGGAGAUGUGAACGCGGUGAGGAAGCUGCUGGACGAGGGCCGCAGCGUCAAUGAGCACACAGAAGAGGGAGAGAGCUUGCUGUGUCUGGCCUGCUCCGCUGGAUACUAUGAACUCGCACAGGUCUUGCUGGCCAUGCAUGCUAAUGUAGAAGACAGAGGCAUCAAAGGAGACAUCACGCCGCUCAUGGCUGCUGCCAGCGGGGGUUAUGUAGACAUCGUCAGACUGCUCCUGAUGCAUGGAGCGGACGUUAACGCACAGUCCUCUACAGGUAACACUGCGCUCACAUAUGCAUGUGCGGGAGGCUUCCUAGACGUGGUCAAAGUUCUCCUGAAGGAGGGAGCCAACAUUGAGGAUCAUAAUGAGAAUGGCCACACACCUCUGAUGGAGGCAGCUAGCGCGGGCCAUGUGGAGGUAGCACGUGUCCUCCUGGAGUAUGGCGCUGGGAUCAACACACACUCCAAUGAGUUUAAAGAAAGUGCACUCACGCUGGCCUGCUAUAAAGGGCACUUGGACAUGGUGAGGUUUCUCUUGGAGGCAGGGGCUGACCAGGAGCACAAGACAGACGAGAUGCACACAGCCCUUAUGGAAGCCUGCAUGGACGGUCAUGUAGAGGUGGCACGGUUACUAUUGGACAGCGGUGCGCAGGUGAACAUGCCAGCAGAUUCGUUUGAAUCUCCACUAACACUGGCAGCUUGUGGAGGACAUGUAGAGCUGGCAGCUUUGCUGAUUGAGAGAGGGGCCAACCUGGAGGAGGUCAAUGAUGAGGGCUACACUCCUCUCAUGGAGGCUGCACGCGAAGGCCAUGAGGAGAUGGUAGCUCUGCUUCUUGCACAAGGCGCCAACAUCAAUGCUCAGACAGAGGAGACGCAGGAGACUGCCCUGACUCUGGCCUGCUGUGGUGGCUUCUUGGAGGUGGCGGAUUUCCUCAUCAAAGCUGGAGCGGACAUUGAGCUUGGCUGCUCCACUCCUCUCAUGGAGGCCGCACAGGAGGGGCAUCUGGAGCUGGUCAAGUACCUGCUUGCUGCUGGAGCUAACGUCCAUGCCACCACAGCCACGGGGGACACAGCCUUGACGUAUGCCUGUGAAAACGGACAUACAGAUGUGGCUGAUGUGCUGCUUCAGACAGGGGCUGACCUGGAACAUGAGUCAGAAGGUGGAAGGACGCCACUGAUGAAAGCAGCCAGAGCAGGACACCUCUGCACUGUACAGUUCUUAAUCAGUAAAGGUGCUAAUGUGAACAGAGCUACGGCCAACAACGAUCACACUGUGGUGUCUCUGGCCUGUGCCGGAGGCCACCUGGCCGUGGUGGAGCUGCUGCUGGCUCAUGGUGCAGACCCCACUCACAGACUGAAGGAUGGCUCCACAAUGCUGAUUGAAGCUGCUAAGGGUGGUCACACGAACGUAGUGUCUUACCUGCUAGACUACCCAAACAACAUUUUGUCGGUCCCUGCACCAGACCUGUCCCAGCUCACGCCCCCCUCCCACGACACAUCGCAGGCUCCUAGAGUCCCAUUCCAAGCCCUAGCCAUGGUCGUACCCCCUCAGGAGCCAGACAGAGUGCCCUCCACUAUUGCCACGCCACCGCCGGUCACAAACAAAGGUAUGUCCAAGCAGAGGCUGAGCUCUCUGCAGGGCAACACGGUGGCUACAGGGGGGCUGGAUGCUGACCUGCUGCCACCCUUUCACCCUUACCAGCCGCUGGAGUGCAUUGUGGAGGAGACAGAAGGAAAGCUGAACGAGCUUGGCCAGCGCAUCAGCGCAAUCGAGAAAGCCCAGCUGCAGUCACUAGAGCUGAUCCAGGGCGAGCCGCUCACCAAAGACAAGAUUGAGGAGCUGAAGAAGAGCCGCGAGGAGCAGGUACAGAAGAAGAAAAAGAUCUUGAAGGAGUUGCAGAAGGUGGAGCGGCAGCUGCAGCUCAAGACGCAGCAGCAGUUCACCAAAGAGUACAUGGAGGCUAAGGGGAUCAAGGAGGAGCCGGGCCAGGCGGCAGGGGUGGAGGCGCCCGGCACCCCCCUGCCACUCCAGGCCACGCAGCUGGGCUCCAGCACUGACGGCGAGGGUAACCACGAUGAGGAGGACCACCAACCUGCCCCCGCGGAUGACGAAGAGGAGGACGAUGAUGAAGAUGAUGAGGAUGAGGAUGAAGAAGAUAGAGACUACACAGAGUUGCCACAGGUGGACACCAUUCUGUAUCGAGAGUCAGCACAGCUACCGCCUCCGCCACCUCCUCAGCCACAUGGCUUGCAGGGCCCCACGCCUCCCCCUUUGCAGACCAGCUUCGUUCCCAUUCAGCCCCUGGCAGCACAGCAGUCCACAGACUUCGGCAGUGCCGAGUACCCAGGCAGCAGCAGCCCGGAUCUGCAGAGGGUCAUGUUGGGCCAGCCGCUGUCAGGCCUGGGGCCCGGUCUCCUUGCACAGGCGCCUGAUGGCCUCAUGGUGGCCACUCCCGCACAGACGCUUACAGACACGCUGGAUGACAUCAUGGCAGCAGUGAGCAGCAGAGUGCCUAUGUUAAACACUACGACCUCACCUAUACCUCAGCCCACAACACAGACGCCCAUCAACACUGUCACUCCACCCUCCAUGCUCCCGCUCUACCCGUCCGUAGACAUCGAUGCACACACGGAGAGCAAUCAUGACACUGCUCUGACUCUGGCAUGCGCAGGCGGCCAUGAGGAGCUGGUGUCAGUGCUCAUUGCGCGCGGGGCCAACAUCGAGCACCGGGACAAGAAAGGAUUCACUCCUCUGAUCCUGGCUGCUACUGCGGGUCAUGUUGGCGUUGUUGAGAUCCUCCUGGACAAAGGAGGAGACAUCGAGGCUCAGUCCGAGAGGACCAAAGACACACCUCUCUCCCUGGCCUGCUCGGGUGGCAGGCAAGAGGUGGUGGAACUAUUGCUGCUCCGUGGCGCUAACAAGGAGCACCGUAACGUGUCUGACUAUACCCCACUUAGCCUAGCCGCCUCAGGAGGCUACGUCAAUAUAAUCAAGAUCCUCCUCAACGCUGGAGCUGAGAUUAACUCUAGGACGGGCAGCAAGCUGGGAAUCUCUCCUCUAAUGCUGGCGGCCAUGAACGGCCAUGUACCUGCAGUGAAGUUGCUGCUGGACAUGGGCUCUGACAUCAAUGCUCAGAUUGAGACCAAUCGCAACACAGCGCUAACGCUGGCCUGCUUCCAGGGCAGGGCCGAAGUGGUCAGCUUGCUGUUGGACCGCAAGGCUAAUGUAGAGCACCGUGCCAAGACGGGGCUCACCCCUCUUAUGGAAGCUGCGUCCGGUGGCUAUGCUGAGGUGGGCCGCGUGCUGCUGGAUAAAGGUGCAGAUGUCAAUGCCCCUCCUGUCCCCUCAUCCCGUGACACUGCCUUGACCAUCGCUGCAGACAAGGGCCACUACAAGUUUUGUGAGCUCCUCAUUAAUAGAGGGGCUCACAUCGACGUACGUAAUAAGAAGGGGAACACUCCUCUGUGGCUGGCUGCAAAUGGGGGCCAUUUUGAUGUAGUGCAGCUUCUAGUGCAAGCCGGAGCUGAUGUGGAUGCAGCGGACAACCGUAAGAUAACGCCUCUCAUGGCAGCAUUCCGUAAGGGACAUGUGAAAGUGGUCCAGUACUUGGUGAAGGAGGUUAAUCAGUUCCCCUCUGAUAUUGAGUGCAUGAGAUACAUUGCCACCAUCACAGACAAGGAGGUGCUGAAGAAGUGUCAUCAGUGCAUGGAGACCAUUGUCAAAGCCAAAGACCAGCAGGCUGCUGAGGCUAACAAGAAUGCCAGCAUUCUGCUCAAGGAACUUGAUCUUGAAAAGUCCCGUGAAGAAAGUAAAAAACAAGCUCUGGCGGCAAAGAGAGAGAAGCGCAAAGAGAAGCGCAAGAAAAAGAAGGAGGAGCAGAAGAAGAAGCUAGAAGAAGAGGCAAAAGUGAAGGAUGUGUUUUCUGAGACACAGGACCAGAAAGAGGACUCUGCUGAAGAGGUGGACGUCCCCAUUGAGCCCCCUAGCGCCACUACUACCACCACCAUUGGCAUCUCUGCAACCUCCACCACCUUCACCAAUGCCUUUGGCAAGAAGCGCGCCAAUGUGGCCACCACACCUAGUACCAACCGCAAGAAUAAAAAGAACAAGACCAGGGACUCACCCAGUGAGCCCAUCAUCCUACAGGAUCCUCAGGUGGCAUUGGCUCAGCAGAAGGCCGACAAAAACAAGAUCCAUGGGGAACCUCGAGGCGGUGGGGCACCGGGGGGCACCAGUGACUCGGACAACCUGGACAGCACUGAUUGCAACAGUGAGAGCAGCAAUGGCAGUAAAAGCCAGGAGCUGGCUGACCUGCCCUCCUCAUCGUCCUCCUCAUCGUCCUCCUCGGCACCUACAAGUUCCAGCCAACCUCAACCUUUGACUGAAAAGAGGCAGGGUCUAUCGCUGUCCACCUCUCGGGAGGAGAAAGUCACCGUGUCCAUCUCUAAACCACAACAGAAAGCUCAUGAGGUCAUUAGUGACCUGCCUUCCAAUUCCCUGCCCUCUUCACUCAAGACCAUUUCACUGCCAGUCACCUCACCCAACAGCAAAAUGAACCUCACCAGCCCCAAGAGGGGCCAGAAGAGAGAGGAGGGAUGGAAAGAGGUUGUCCGGAGGUCAAAGAAGCUCUCAGUCCCAGCCUCUGUGGUGUCUCGGAUCAUGGGCCGAGGUGGCUGCAAUAUUACAGCCAUUCAGGACGUGACAGGUGCACACAUAGAUGUUGACAAACAGAAGGACAAGAAUGGCGAGAGAAUGAUCACUAUCAGAGGUGGCACGGAAUCCACACGGCACGCUGUUCAGUUGAUCAAUGCGCUAAUUCAGGACCCUGCCAAAGAGCUGGAAGACCUGAUUCCUCGGAACCACAUUCGUCAGCCUGGCACCAACACCAAAAUUGGCUCCACCUACACCACUUCCACAGGAGCCACCAGCACCACUGCAGCCACUUCAAAAGGCUUGCCGUCAGUUGUGCCCUCCUCCAGCGUGUCCUUCCAGUCCUCCUCCAACUCUACUGCUCAGCAGGCUGGCAAAAUGGGCAAAAACAUGGCACCUGGUGUCAGACCUCCUUUCGUCUCUUUGCCUCCACUGGCCUACACGCACCCCCAGCUGGCCCUGUUGGCAGCUCAGACCAUGCACCAGAUCCGUCACCCCCGUCUGCCCAUGGCACAGUUCGGCGGCACCUUCUCGCCCUCACCCAACACUUGGGGCCCAUUCCCUGUACGUCCUGUAAGCCCUGGCAGUGCUAACAGCUCACCCAAACACACUGGCAGUGCUGCCCCACGACCUUCUAACUCUGCCCCUGCUACCACCGAGCACGCUACUCCAGCGUCUACUGCUACUGUCGCCCCUGGCUCCACUGCCUCACCCACCAACACUGCACCCUCCAACACACCCACACCCACCUCAGUCAGGAAACAGCUUUUCUCUGCUGACCCCAAGUCUGGUGUUGCACCUGCCGUUGCCACCACAGCUAGUAGUUCUUCUACUGCACAGGCCCCACCUGUUCCCAUCAGCUGUGCUCCCACCACUUCCACGACCCCUCCACCUCCGCCUGCCCCAAUUGCCCCACCUUCACAGCAUCCCCCAGCCCCCAAGCCAGAGCCUGCUGCUGCUGGCACGCCCGCUAAAGAGAAGCCGGCAGACCUGGCAGUUCCUGUUUCUGGUGCUGCUUGUGAGGGCCCCAGCCCCUUGGCUCCCUUGCACUUCCCUGCAUCUCCAUCGGCACAGCCUUCGCUGCCCAUGCAGCCAGAUAGUAGACCGCAGCUGCCCCUGCCCUUCACCUCCAGCACAGAGCCUAGCUCCUCCUCCACAGCCCAGCCCAGCACCACUCUACCGGUCUCUCGUUCGGCGCCACCAACCUGCAGCAGCACCCUCACCAACACCAGCAGCACCUUACCUCACUACACCACGCCAGCUGCACCUGGGGUGUCACCCCGAAUGCCGCCUCCAGCUCCCUACUACGCCAUGGCACCUGGAGCCCCUUUGCCGGAGCAGUCUGUGUUUGUGCCUCCAGGCACAACACAGGAACCUCUCAAGCAGCAGCAACAGCAGCAGCAGCCUCCUCAACCCAGUCUGGCUGCUGCCAGCAUGCCACCCCCCUCCCUGCAGAUGUCCUCAACGAUGGGCAUGAUGAAUGGCUCCCAGUUGCCUCUCCACGGUGGGAAAGCUCAGCUGCCUCCAAAUUUUGGCCCUGCAGCUCUUUUCAAUCACUUCAGCAGCAUCUUUGACAGCAACCAGGUGGGCAACAACCAGGUGUGGGGGGCAUGUCAUCUUCCCACACGCACUCCACAGGAACAGCCCUACAGUGCACCACCUGCCUACAUGGGAGGGAUGGGACAGAUGGAGAGCAACAUGCCCCCUCCUGAUGGCUCAAAGGCACCAGGGUAUCGCUGCCCCUCCCAAAGAAUAGUGUCUAGCCCCAUCGGAAUGCACCCAAUGGAUCCCAUAGGCAAUUCCAUCUCUUCUUCUACCGCGCUCACCAGCUUUGCCACAAGCAUGUCAGCCAGCCCUGUGUUCCUGCAGGGUCCGGCUCCUGUCGGAACGCCCUCUUUCAGCCGUCAGCACUUCUCCCCUCAUCCUUGGAGCGCCUCUACAUCUUGUGAGUCUCCGGUGCCGUCUGUGUCAUCUGGAGCAUCCUCCCCUCUGUGCACAUCCACCGUGACCCCUGCCCUGAUCCAGGCCAAGCCCAGCAGCUCCAGCCAGCAGGAUCGUAAAGUGCCCCCGCCCAUUGGCACUGAGCGCCUGGCUCGCAUCCGGCAGACAGGCUCCGUCAACCACACCAUGCUGCCCACCAGUUACACGCCGCCGGUCGGGCAGGGUGGCAUCUGGUCUUUCGGAGUGGGCAGUGCCUCUGAGGCGAUGUCAGGCUGGUCUCAACCCCUGAUGGGAGGGCCUAUGAUGCACCAGCAGCUGCAAGAGCAGUCAGCCUUCUCCCAGCAUCAGGCUAUGGAGCGAGAUGACACCGGAAUUGUAGCUCCUUCUAACACCUUCCACCAGCCCAUGCCCACUAACUUCAUGGAUUUCCCUAAGGGGUUACCGAUGUCAAUGUAUGGUGGCACAAUGAUCCCUCCUCACCCUCAGAUGGCUGAGGGUCCUGGAGGCCCCAUGUACAACGGACUCCACACCACUGACCCUGCCUGGAACCCCAUCCUGAAAGUCGUCCCCAGCUCGGCUGAGAAUUCAGACCCACAGCAGGUCUGGCCUGGGACUUGGGCCCCGCACGUGGGAAAUGUGCAUCUGAAUCAUGUCAACUAAACACACACCUAGAGACUGAGAGGCAUAGGAGCAGUAACAAGAAAUACACGUUAAAGAACAAGAUAAUUACAUAAUUACCAAAAUGUUAACCUAGGAGUGUCCCCUUAAAAAAAAAAGUAUAAAAAAAGUUAUGAAAUUCGAGAGACGGACACCUUUGAUGUGCCUAACUAAAAAGAAAGAAUCCAGUGUGGGCUUUAACGUGUUUACCACUGUCUAUGAACAAAUCGAUUGCCUGUGCAACAGGAUACAUUCUCUGAGUAGUAUAGCCAUUUUGACAUUUAAGCCCCACAUAAAGUGUUCUUGGUCUGCAGGGCUCAAUAGGACAGUGCGCUAUUUAUACUCGGCCAAGAACUAGAUGAUUACAUAAAGAGAGAAAUCAGACCUUUUAGAGUGGUAAAUACAUGUAUAAUUGUUUACAUACUGAAAAAGGGUUAAAAUGAGAGUAAAUUUCAUGUCGUAUAGUGGCUCUACUUUAUGUAGCCUGUAUUAAUGUGAAAUAUUUACCUUAAUAUUCAAUAAAAAGUUGGAAAUGUAUCCAAA